GGGAAGGUCGCGCGGUCAGAGGGCAGUGCAUGGGCUGAGACGUUUCUGGGGGUCCCCUGAGCUGGGUUGGAGCAGCUACUGCUUCUUUGUGGGUCGAGGAACAUUGCUUUAUUCAAACAGGCUUGAGUGGCAACUUGAGGACAAGGACACUUUGCCAAGAUUUUAUGCAGCAGCUGGUGGGUCCAGAGAGGCAGCAUGGUGCGACAGGAGAAUGAGGACCUGCGCAAGCAAUUGGUUGAAGCCUCAGAGUUAUUGAACUCCCAGGCCAAAGAACUCAAAGAUGCCCAUCAGCAGCAAAAGCUGGCCCGGCGGGACUUGUUGGAGCUCAGUGAGCUGGUGGCAGAGCUCUGCUCCCAGAAGCAGAAGGUGUGGGACAAGGAGGAGAUGGAGGUGUCCAUGCAGAAAGUCAACACGAUGUGGCAGGAGAUCUGAAGAUCCACAAAGCUCAGAAAGAGGAAGCUGUUUAGAUGUUUCAGCGAUGGUAUUGACUGAGCUCUUUUUCAUUUUUUUAUUGUUAUACUUUAAGCUCUGGGGUAUAUUGUAUGACCUUAAUAAAACAUCUUUGA